AUGCAAGUUCAAGACGAAAUAUCACCCACAACAGCAGUUUCAAACUAUUUGAAAUCCAAUAGUAAUGGCAGUGUUUUUAGUAUUACAAGUCAGCAACAACAACAACUUCAGCAACUACCACAAAAAUCAGAUUUUGAAAAGACAAAAGAUGAGUUGAUUUUAGAACUACAGCAAAUGAGAGCGAUUACAAUCUCAAAUAAAAACGCACGUAUUAUGUUAGAUGAAAUGUAUCAGUUUGUGGCAUUAUUAGAUGUAAAUGGCAAUCUUUUAGAUGUAAAUGAACCAGCAUUACAAGGUGGUGGUAUGAUACGUGCAAGUAUACAAGGCAUACCAUUUUGGGAUUGCAGAUGGUGGGCAACAUCACAAGAAAAUAUCGACAACGUUAGAGAAGCAGUACACAAAGCAUCAAAAGGUGAAUUUAUACGUUAUGAAACAGAAAUUUUUGGAAAAUCAGCAGGUACAGAGAAAAUUACAAUUGAUUUCUCCCUAAUGCCACUAUUUAACGAUAAAGGUGAGGUCUCAUUAAUUUUACCAGAAGGAAGAAAUAUUACAGAAAAAAGAUUGGGUGAAAUUGAAAUCGAAAGAAAAAACAAUGAAUUAAGAAGUUUAUAUGAAAAAAUUAAAGAAUUGGAUGAAUUAAAAACCCAGUUUUUUGCGAAUGUAUCACAUGAAUUAAGAACUCCCUUAGCAUUAAUUGUUGGACCUACUGAUAAACUAUUAAAAGAAGAAAAUUUAAGUGAAAAUGUUAGAAAGGAUUUAGAUAUUGUUGCAAGAAAUUCUAGAAGUUUAUUGAAAAUUGUAAAUAAUUUAUUGGAUAUUAGCAGAUUAGAAGCAGGUAAAAUGAAUUUAAAUUACUCGAUGGUAAAUCUCAGCCAAACUGUACAUUUAAUCGCAUCAUGUUUUGAAAUUUUAGCAAGAGAGAAAUCAUUAGACUUUUCAAUUAUAACACCAAGUAUACCAUUAAUGGCAGCGAUUGACGCCGAUAAGAUGCAACGUGUCAUUACCAAUUUACUUUCAAAUGCCUUUAAAUUUACACCUUCGGGUGGUUCAGUAAAAUGUAUAUUAGAGAAAUUUGAUAUAUCUCCAACUGUUCCAGGUUUUCAAAUUAUAGUUUCCGAUACAGGUCCAGGUAUUCCAGAGAAAUUACACGAAAUAAUUUUUGAACGUUUUAGACAAGUGGAUGGAACAAAUACCAGAAAACAUGGUGGUACAGGUUUAGGUCUAAGUAUUGUAAAAGAAUUUGUUACACUUCAUGGUGGUACCGUAUCAAUUCAUAAUGGUUCAAAAUGUGGUGCCCAAUUUACACUUAGAAUACCACUUUCACCCAAUAUGGAUGAACAAUUAUAUAAAAAAACCAUUUCAGAUUCGAAUAUUUCCGAAAUUGUAGAAAAGCAAGACCAUGAGCGUGAACAAAAAGAACAUUAUGAACGUGAAGAAAAAAUUAAAAAUGAACAAUUCCAAUAUGAUCAAAACCAUCAAGAAACUAAUGGUUUACAUUUAUCAACAUCUACAUCGACAUCAUCAUCUCCAACAAAUAAUCUUCAUAUCAACUUUCCACCUAGCUCGUCAUCAUCAUCAUCAAUGUCAGUUGAAAAUCAAUCAAUAUUAAACUCAGGCCUUAAAGAUAAUAUGGGUAGUAUUAUGGGUGUUCAUGCAAUUGCCCAACAAGCUGUCGAAGAGUUAACUGAAAAGCAAUUUUAUCAAUCAAAAGAAAAUAUUCAUAACAAACCCAUUGUAUUAGUAGUCGAAGAUAACCCAGAAAUGAACCGUUUCAUAGCAGAACUCUUAAGCAAAUAUUAUUUUGUAGUAACAGCAUUCGAUGGUAUCGAGGGUAUAGAGAAAACCAAAGCUUUUACACCCGAUCUUAUUGUGACCGAUUGUAUGAUGCCAAAAAUGAGUGGUGAUGAAAUGGUUGAAAAGCUACGUUCAGAUGAACAGUAUGAUAACAUUCCAAUCAUUCUAUUAACUGCAAAAGCUGAUGAAAAUCUUAGGGUUAGAUUACUUCAAAACGGUGUAUCAGAUUAUGUAAAUAAACCAUUCUCCUCAGAAGAAUUAGUAGCAAGAGUUGUAAACUUAAUGACGAUGAAAAAGGCUAAACAAUUCCUUCAAGAAGAACUAAGCUCUGCAAAUACUGACCUUCAAGAACUUAUUAAUCAACUAACACUUAAAAAGCGUGACCUUCAAGCAUUAGUUGGCGAAUUAGAAAAAGAAAGAAAUCUAUUAAACAAUACAAACAAAUCGAAAGAUGAAUUCUUUAUGAAUCUAUCCCACGAACUACGUACUCCUUUAAAUGGUAUUUUGGGUUGGUGCCAAUUAUUACUUUACGAUUUAGACUCAUCCGAUGACUCAACCAUUAGAACAGGUUUACAAACUAUUGAACGUUGUGCAAGUUCUCAAAAUCAACUUAUCAAUGAUCUUUUAGAUAUGUCUUUAAUCAUUGGUGAUAAAUUUAGUUUAAUUAUGGGCGAAGUUGAUUUACCAUUAUUAAUUCAGAAUGCCAUUGCCUCCAUUUUGGUAAGUGCUCAAAGCAAACACAUAACUAUCGAUACAAAUAUAGAAGAGCCACCUCAAGAUCCACAAGUCCUUCAAAAUUUACGUGGUGACAAAUCAAGAUUACAACAAGUUAUUUGGAAUUUACUUUCAAACUCUAUAAAAUUCACAAACGAAAAUGGUAAAAUCGAAAUUCACGCCAAAGUACUCAAUCAAAUACCAAUCAAUGAAUUAGGAUUUUGUAGUAAUCCAAUGUUUAAUCCAAUUCAAAGACAAGGUGAUCGUUGGAUAUUAUUAACCAUCUCGGAUAACGGUAAAGGAAUUCCUCACCAAUUCCUCCCAAAUGUUUUUGAUAGAUUCAAACAAGCUGAUUGUAGUUCAACCCGUUCAUAUGGCGGUUUAGGUAUAGGUUUAUCAAUAACCCAAAAUAUUAUUCAUUUACAUAAAGGUGCUGUAUUUGCAAAUAGUCAAGGUGAAAAUAAAGGUUCACAAUUCACCGUAGUUUUACCUGUAACAAAAAUGUUUAGAUCAAAUACAAACUCUCCAAUUUUAUCAGACACCUCAUCACCACCAAUAAUUAAAAAAUCAUUUUUUAACCAACCAAUUCAAAUUGAAAAAAAUCAAAAUCUUCAAAAUUACUAUCAUCAACCACAACAGCAACAAUCACAACAAUCACAACAAUCACAACAACAACAACAACAACAACAACAACAACAACAACAACAACAACAACAACAACAACAACAACCUCAAAAUACUUUACAUACAAAUUAUCAACAAAAUAAUGGUUACCAACUUCAAACACAAAAUUAUAGUAGCGACUAUCAACAACAAGAACAAAACAACAUGAAUAAUAAAAGACAGCGAGAUAACCAAUCAACACCAUCACCAAAUUACAGUAAUUCUAAAUUUUUACCAUCAUCACAAACUUUAAUUCCUUCCCCAUUAGAUAAUAGCAAUAACAUCAAUGAUAACUCUGAAUUAGAACUAUCAUCAAGUAACAACAACAUUAACAAUAAUAUAAACAAUAAUAAUAAUAAUAAUAAUAAUAAUAAUAAUAAUAAUAAUAAAAUUAACAAUAUUACAACUCCAACAUCAGCAUUACCAUCGCCAUCACCAACAAUAUCACAAAAUUCAUCAGAAAUAUUAAAAUCCCCAAAACGUAACAAAAAUCUUUUAACCGGUAUCUCCAUAAUGCUGGUUGAUGAUUUAGAAGAAACCAAUCUUCUUUUUUCAUCUAUGCUUUAUAAACUAGGUGCCAGAAGAAUAGAUACCUUCCAAAGAGUAGCAGAUGCCUAUCAAUUCCUAUGUGACCCAAACAAACCACAACCAGAUAUUAUUUUAUCAGAUUUAACAAUGCCCUUCGAGGAUGGUUACAGUAUGGUCAGAAAAUUAAGGGAUAGAGAAAAAAUCAACCCACAAAACAAGGUAAUUCCAAUUAUAGCUCUCACUGCAUCUGUUUCCUCAUAUGACAAAGAGAAAGUUUUAAAAAGUGGUUUUGAUUUACAUUGUCCAAAACCUGUCAACUUUUUAGAUUUAUCUCUUUCAAUUUUAUCUUUGAUCGAAAAAUAUAAUAUCAUAAAUAACGAAAUUCAACAAUUAAAUAGUGAUAAUAGUGACAAUAGUGAUUAUAUAAACAAUAAUAUAAACGAUUCCUAUAACAUAACUGAUUCAAGACCCUGUAAAAAAGCAAACAUUUCAAAUGAAGAAUAA